AUGCGUCUUCUACUGAGCUCACUGUUUGCCGUGGCUGCUGCGGCCUUGGCUGCUCCAAGCCCGCGAGCCGACAACCUGUCCACCUCCUCCCCGCCUCGCCAUAUCGGCGUCGUCCUCUACGACUCCUUCGACCUUCUCGACGUCGCCGGCGUCAUCGAGCCUCUGUACCUGCUCUCCUCACAGCGCCCGCUCAACCUCUCCCUCAUCGCGCCGCGCCUCUCCCCCGCCUUCAUGCGUCCCGCCCCCGGCGAGCUCGCCACCUACCCGCCCACCUCUCGCUUCUCCCUCGGCGUCGUGCCCACGCACACCUUCUCCUCGCCGCCCCCGGACAUGGACGUGCUGCUCGUGCCCGGCGGCGGCGGCGAGCGCGUCGGCAACAUCACCGACGCCAUCGCCUUUGUGCGCGACACGUACCCCAAGGUGAAGCACCUGAUCAGCGUGUGCACGGGGGCCGGCGUGGUGGCGCAGGCCGGCGUGCUGGACGGCAGGCGCGCGACGACGAACAAGUGGGCGUGGGAGAACACGACCAAGCACGGGAAGGGCGUGCGGUGGACGUCGCCGGCGCGGUGGGUGGUGGACGGGAACGUGUGGACGGCCUCGGGGGUGACGAGCGGGAUUGACAUGAUCUUUGAGUUCAUGGAGACGUUUUACGGCCCGGAGACUACCCAGCUGAUCCAGGGCGCGAUCGAGCACAAGCGCACGCUGGACCCGUGUGAUGAUCCCUUUUCGGCGUGGUGGAACGUGACGUCGCAGGGCGACUGUCGACUGACGCCGUCGCUAUACGGGAAGCGAAUCUAA